AGUUUUAGAUAUGGGUCUGCAUGAUGAAGCUGAAAAAGUAAGAACUGAAGCUGUCAUUUCUAUGCCAGUGAUGCUUUUCUGGUCUACUCUUGAUAUAUCAUCUCCUGUCAUUCAAAAGAUUGAGUACAUAAAGAGAGAUAAUGAGAAGGUAAAGAAAUUGGUUCCCAUAACACUUGGUCUGUUGUCAUGCCUUUAUGGAUGCAGAGGAGCUACCUCUGGCUUACAUACAGAUGAAUGCCUUUAUGGUGAAGUCAUUGUUGUUUUCUCUAACCAUGUUGGAGAUUAUUUUGGUGUCUGGUUUCUUCUGAGCAUUUUGGUGCCAAGGAUGAUUAGCAAAAGAACCAUAGAUGGAGCUGCUAUUCAAUGUGAUACAAGCCUGAUGAUUGUAACUAAGAACGGAGAUUUGAAGAUUGCUUUUGUUGAAGUCUGACCACAGUUGGGCUCCAAAAGAAUCUUGUGAAAUAAACCAAUCUAUGUUGGGGUAGAUGGAGAGAUCAACUUGCACAAGAAAUGUGGAACCAAUGGAGGAGAAGACAUCACACUCAAUAAUUGAAAUAAUUUUUCUAUGUGAGGUUGUAAUAUUGAUUUCAUUUUGUUGAUGUGUUUGUGUUCUUGUAUAAGAGUUGUGCAUGUAUGCUUAUU